AUGGCCACCGCGGGGACACCGAGACGGCAAAUGUUCACUGGGUUAGAACUCAUUCUUACACUGCUUCUUUCCCGUCUCUGCUGUGGUGCUUUAGUCAAACCAGUUGUUGAUCCACACGUAAUGGCAGUUUGGGGAAAGAAUGUCACAUUAAAGUGCAUAAUUAAUAUAAAUGACACCAUAACACAAAUUUCAUGGGAAAAAAUGCAUGGUAAAAGUGCACAAACUAUUGUUGUACAUCAUCCUGAAUAUGGGUUUUCUGUUCAAGGAAAAUACCAUGAAAGAGUGGCAUUUAAAAACUCUUCGUCCAGUGAUAUAACAAUCAACCUAAACAAUGUGAGCUUCUCUGAUGCAGGAAAAUAUGUAUGCAAAGCAGUUACAUUCCCAUUAGGAAAUGCAGAGUCGAUAACAACUAUAACUGUAAUUGUUGAACCCACUGUGAGCUUUACAAAGGGACCAACUCCCUUAAUAGAUGGUAAAAACUGGACAGUAGCAGCCAUGCGUAUAGCAGCCACAGGAAAACCUGCUGCAGAUAUUAAUUGGGAGGGAGACCUUGGUAAAAUAGAAUUUAGUUCAGCUUCCUUUCCAAAUGAAACAGUGACAGUUGUAAGUCAA